AAUUAUAUCAAACUAUUGUUCAUCUCUCGCUUUCUUUUUCUCUCUCUACAAAAUGGGUUCUCGGACCGGGUCACACCAGCUGAGCAAUGGGCUUUACGUGUCUGGCAGGCCGGAGCAGCCCAAGGAUCGGCCUCCGGCAGUCGCGUCACGCGCGGUGCCGUACACCGGCGGCGACGUCAAGAAGUCGGGCGAGCUGGGGAAAAUGUACGGAGUUGCCUUGUCAAGUGGGGAGGUUGCGGGCCCCCCGCCUCCAUUGAAGCCCUUCUCCAGAGCUUCUUCGUCUUCUCAGCACAACAGUGCAACCCUCAGAUCCGGGCCGAGCUCCGGCGAGCUCGGCCACAAAUCCAUCAACUCCGGCCCGAUCUCGAAGAAAUCGUCGUCCUCUUCCUUUUCCGGCCCAAUCAUGACUCCAAUCCAGCCCACCGGCCUCAUCACUUCCGGUCCAUUGGGGUCCAGCGCCGGCAGGCGCUCCGGCCAGCUAGAACCGCCGUCGGUACCUUCGACUAAAGUACACUACGGCGCGGCUGUUACGAAAUUGGGCGAGGAGAUAAAGCUAGGGUUUAGAGUGUCGAAGCUCGCCGUGUGGGUGUUUCUAGUUCUGAUAGUAAUGGCUCUGGUAGUAGGGGCGUUCCUGAUGGUGGCCGUGAAGAAAUCAAUGGUCCUCAUUGCACUGGCCGUGAUUCUAGCUCCAGCAAUGGUGCUGUUGAUAUGGAAUUUCACUUAUAAACAGCGAAGCUUGAUGGGAUUUCUGAAAAGAUAUCCAGAUGCCGAGCUCAGAGGUGCGGUCGAUGGACAGUUCAUCAAGGUCACAGGGAUUGUCACAUGUGGAAGUAGCCCUCUAGAAACUUCUUUCCAGAAGAUACCAAGAUGCGUAUAUGUUUCCACAGAGUUGCAUGAGUACAGAGGAUGUGGUGCCAAACCUGCAAAUUCAAAACACUGUUUCUUUUCAUGGGGACUAAGGCAUUCGGAGAAAUAUGUGGCCGACUUUUAUAUAUCAGACUACCGAACUGGGCUAAGAGCUCUAGUGAAGGCAGGUCAUGGAGCCAAGGUUGCCCCAUUUGUCAGCUCUUCAACUGUUGCUGACAUAACAAAGGGUAAUAAGGAUUCAUCCCCAAAUUUCUUGCAGUGGCUUGCAGACCGAAGCCUUUCGAGCGACGACCGUAUUAUGCGACUCAAAGAAGGUUACAUCAAAGAAGGAAGCACGGUGAGUGUGAUGGGGGUCGUGAGGCGGCACGACAAUGUGUUGAUGAUCGUCCCGCCACGAGAACCGGUUUCGAUGAGCUGUCAAUGGUUGCGGUGCAUAUUCCCGACCUACACCGAAGGGUUGAUCUUGACUUGCGAUGAAGAAGGUCAGAGCGAUGACGUAGUUCCUGUAUAGAUCAAAAAUUCAAGAAUGAGGGAGGGAGAGACCUUUGAGGGUUCUCUCAAGUGUGCAUAAAAUGAAGAAGAAGAAGAAGAAGAAGAAGAAGAAGAAGAAGAAGAAGAAGAAGAAGAAGAAGAAGAAGAAGAAGAAGAAGAAGAAGAAGAAGAAGAAGAAGAAGAAGAAGAAGAAGAAGAAGAAGAACAAGGAGAGGAUGGAAUGGAGAAAGAAAGAGAGAAGAAUAUAUGUCCAUUCAUUCCUUUUGGUGCUCUAAUGAGCUUUCCACUGAGCUGACAUAUUUUUUAUCUUUUAAUUUUUAAUAUUUAAUUUAGCCACGUCGUGUAAAUAAUUUUUUUUCCUACUAAGCUGUUUGUGAUUACGGAUUUACCCUUUUCCAGCCAGAUAGAAUCUGCUAAUGUCACGUAAAAAAUUUAAAUAUGUAUGGAAUUUUGGAUUGUGCAAUAAUGUGAAAUCUUUCGG